GUUUUGCGUCAUGGCUGAUGUUAUCAGUGGCACCUUCUCUCUACGUUCACUCUGCUCACUCAUCGACGGAUAACAAUGACGACGCCUGCGCCCAAGGGAAAGCCUCUCGAGAUCAUCCAGAAUCUCAUCAGUCAUCCCAACUACUACACUAUUCGAAUCCGCCAGCACGUUGUGGAUGAGACGCGUAUCACGGAACGGACGCUGGAUAUCUUCAGUACGGAGAGAGGGACUGGAGCUGAAAGGGCAGAUCCGCUUGGGAUAUCGGUCGGGUACACCAAAGAAGGAAGGCUCGCCGCGUUGGCAGUUGCAGACAAAGAACGAUGCUGCAUUAUCGAGUUUGCAAGUCCUUCACCACCUAACAGACAACAGAAGAUGGAAAUCUUGGAGAAACACGUACUCUGUCGUUCCAUUGGCGAGCUCUAUGCAUUUGAUGCUGCCAAGCUUGCGAUGGUCCUGUGGUCAGAGCUCGGUGUGAAGGUCACGCGUGCCAUCGACAUCCAGUCCGUCUUCACUGAUGCCGACUUCCCAUCCUUUCGCAAGCCUCUGUCUGCCAUCCAGGCUUGUUUCGGUGACUCGGAUAACUGCAAGCUGAACAAGAAGAACAUCGAUCAAAUCUUCAAUGAUCUCACAUACAAUCUCGAAGAGAUCGGCCGGAUGCGCGUGGACAUUCUUGAAAGAGCUUGGAUUUCAUGCAUACUUCCAUCGCAUGAAAACGGGAUAUCCGCUUUCAGUACCGCAAAGCCCAUCAAUACCAGUGAGCUGAGUGGACAACUCCUGGAUAUACUGAAUGCCUCAGCUCGCGUCUCAGAAGACUCCCGUCGUGUCAGCCACUUGGAGCCCACGGAGACAAAUCAUCAAUUCUCUGAUGCUCGAGCCUCAGCUGCCUCUAUCGAUGGAACAUCCAUUGAUGCUCAUGCCUCAGCAUUCAAGACCCGAUUUCACAAGUUUCAGAAUGUAAUCACCAAGUUUCAACUCGAAUCAGGCGAGCAGAUACAGCGCCGUGGACAGAUCAGCUUUGUCAAAGGAAAGUCAGCUACAGUCAACUUUGACACAUCUGUUAUGAGUGACAACAAGAGUGUCAUCUCUAUCAUCAGUACAGAUCGUGAUCAGCCAACUUCAGCUGAAGGAAUACGUGAUGGUUUUAUCAGGCAUACCUUACAGGGGGAUCUUACCAUCUUCAAAGACAACCCAUGGAUCUGCAAUAUACUGCUCCAUCAUGAUACUAUUGAUGGUGCAGAUCGAUCCUCUCUUGAAUGGCCUGAUAGUUGGUUUCCUCCCUCUCAACCAGAUACUCAGAUAUCUACAGCCAGGCCAUUAUCUGAUUGCAACUCUGCCUCCCACCAUCUCAAUGAAUCCCAGCAACAAGCUCUUAAUCAUAUGCUUUCUUCAUAUCCUAUUACUCUCAUCCAAGGUCCACCUGGUACAGGCAAAACCUCAGUCAUAGCUACAUUUGUUCACUGUGCUCUGGCUGAAGGAAAGUCUGGUAUCUGGUUGAUUGCACAAUCAAAUGUUGCUGUAAAGAAUAUUGCAGAGAAACUAUUGCAGACUAAUUUUAUGGAUUGGAAACUUUUGGUCUCUGAAGAUUUUCAUAAUGACUGGCAUGAUGAUCUUUAUACUAAGAUCCAGCAACAUGUUAUUCUCUCUACACAGUUUGGGGCACUAUCUGCACAAAAUCUAUCUGGAUCUAGAGUCUUUCUUUGCACUCUCAGUAUGCUUUCAAAUUCACAGAUCUUCAGAUUUACAAAAGUUGUUGCAUUGAGAUGUGCAGUGGUUGAUGAAGCUAGUCAGAUCAAAAUAGCUGACUAUCUCAAUAUCUUUAUAAGAUUUUCCUCCUUACGGAAGAUAUGCUUCAUUGGAGAUGAUAAACAGUUACCACCAUUUGGAACAGACAAUGUUGACAAUCUCAGAAGCAUAUUUGAGAUAGAUCAUUUACGUGAAAAUGCAUUUUUACUCAAUAUCCAAUUUAGGAGAUUUUAUAUCUCAAGCAGUUUAUAACAAUGAGCUGAAGUCAAAUCUGCUACAUCCAAUUCAAGAUGACAUUAUUGCUUGUCAUUUUGUUGAUGUGAUUGAUGGUCGAGAACGACAGAGCAUAUCUCAGUCAUUUACAAAUGAUGC